AUGUCCGGAGCCUCCAAGGAGGGCCUGGAGACCCGAGGGCUGCCGGUGUCAGGCAAGGCCUGCUUAACCACCAUGGACAAAAAGCUUAAUACGCUAAAUGAGAAGGUGGACAAACUCUUGCAUUUCCAAGAAGAUGUCACGGAGAAACUGCAGUGUGUGUACCAAGGAAUGGGCCACCUGGAGCAAGGCCUACACCGGCUGGAGACCUCUCAGAUUCUGGGCCCGGGUGGGUCUGACCACACUCCUCCAGCUGACUCACAAGCUGGGUGGCCGGAGGUCCUGGAGCUGGUGAGGGCUGUGCGGCAGGAGGCUGCCCAGCAUGGCGCCAGGCUUGAAGCCCUGUUCAGGAUGGUAGUGGCCGUGGACAAGGCCAUAGCUUUGGUGGGGGCCGUGUUCCAGAACUCGAAGGUGGUGGAUUUCAUCAUGCAAGGGAGUGUCCCCUGGAGGAAAGGAAGCCUGGCUGAUGGCCCUUUGGAGAACAAAGAUCGAGUGGAAGAAAAAGGAGCAAAGCCAAAGCAUGCGUUGAGCACCAGAGCUGUGCAAGCUGAGAUCAGGGGGCCUUGGGAAGAGAGCCAGAAGGCGAACCUGCCAGAGGGGACAGAGGAGAGGCUGACCCCCGUCAAUGCUUCCGAGAUAGGAUCUGACCUCCCCACUCAAGCAGAGGCCCAACUAGGGCAGGAAGAAGGAGUUCCUGGCCCAGCCCAAGUGCCCCCUGGCCUCCUGCCGCUGCACACAGAGGUCGAAGCCAAAGCUCCUGGAGCAUUCGCUGAGAGCCCUGGGACUGGCCAGGAAUUGUCUGCAGCAUCCAACAGGGUCAGUGAAGCCCCCACCAGCCAGGAAGCUUUACCCAGUACAGACCAAGGAUCGUCAUUCAGCGGGCCUGACCCGCAGCCCUCAGAGGCAGGCGUGAAGCUCACUCCAGGGCUGCCAGCUCAAGCCAAGGCAGCUCAUGGUGGUGGUGAAACGCCUGCCAGGAUCUCCAUCCAUGUACAGGAGACAGAUAACCCUGGGGAGAUGCUUGUGACACGAGGGGACAGCCUCAGACCUACGCCCCCUGUGGAGGCUCCCACGGCUGCCCAUCCAGGCGAGCAGUACCCAUCUGGGCCCACGCCCCAGACCCCUGCAACCAAGUCAGAAGAACAGAUCCCGAAAGGAGCCAGCAAGAUUUCCCCACUGCAGAAACAGAACAGCCACGAGGGAAUAAAGACAGAGGAGGAGCAGGGGCCUGGGGCUGAGUCCACCACGGGACCAAGCGGGGCCAGGAGGGACAAAGGAAGUGAUGCUGGAGCCACAGGCUGGCAGCAGGACAAAGGCAUGGGAGCAGGAAAUCCUGAACCCGGGAAGGACUGCACAGCCGGAGGUGCAGGCAGAGCUGAAGCAGGAAGGAGGUUGCCCCUUGGAGCUGAAGCUGGGAGUGUGGUUCUGGAUGACAGCCCAGCCCCACCAGCCCCCUUUGAACACCGGGUGGUGAGUGUCAAGGAGACCUCGACCUCGGCAGGUUACACAGUGUGUCAGCAUGAUGUCUUGGGAGGAGGCCGGUUUGGCCAGGUCCACAGGUGCACAGAGAAGUCCACAGGGCUCUCGCUGGCAGCCAAGAUCAUCAAAGUGAAAAGUGCCAAGGACCGGGAGGAUGUGAAGAAUGAGGUCAACAUCAUGAACCAGCUCAGCCACGUGAACUUGAUCCAGCUCUAUGAUGCCUUUGAGAGCAAGAACAGCUAUACACUCAUCAUGGAGUAUGUGGAUGGGGGUGAACUCUUUGACCGGAUCACAGAGGAGAAGUACCAGCUGACCGAACUGGAUGUGAUCUUGUUCACCAAGCAGAUCUGCGAGGGGGUGCAUUACCUCCAUCAACACUACAUCCUGCACCUGGACCUCAAGCCAGAGAACAUACUGUGUGUCAGUCAAACAGGACAUCAAAUUAAGAUCAUUGACUUUGGGCUGGCCAGAAGGUACAAGCCUCGGGAGAAGCUGAAGGUGAACUUCGGCACUCCAGAGUUCCUGGCCCCGGAAGUGGUCAACUAUGAAUUUGUGUCCUUCCCUACGGACAUGUGGAGUGUGGGAGUCAUUACCUACAUGUUACUCAGUGGUUUGUCCCCAUUUCUAGGGGAAACAGAUGCAGAGACCAUGAAUUUCAUUGUGAACUGUAGCUGGGACUUUGACGCUGAUACCUUUGAAGGGCUGUCGGAGGAGGCCAAAGACUUUGUUUCCCGUCUGCUCGUCAAAGAGAAGAGCUGCAGAAUGAGUGCCACACAGUGCCUGAAACAUGAGUGGUUGAAUAAUUUGCCUGCCAAAGCUUCAAAAUCCAAAGUUCGUCUCAAAUCCCAGUUAUUACUGCAGAAAUACAUGGCUCAGAGAAAAUGGAAGAAACAUUUCUACGUGGUGACAGCUGCCAACAGGCUAAGGAAAUUUCCAACUAGUCCCUAAUUCUCAACACUGCUGCUCCCAUGGGCCCAGAAAUUAUUGAGACUGGUGAUGAAGUGAUGACUCAAGAUUUGUAAUAAUUCAGUCUUGUACUAAUAUUGAUUCCUCUUAUUUUGUAAAGAAAGGUUAUGGCUGUUGCCUUCCUUCUGGAUGAAAAGUGGCUGUAAGGAAAGUGACCUAAAAACUUUUUUUCUGCCUUAUAAGAUCAUACUAUGUUGAUAUGCUGUGUUUACUUUUCAAGUAUAACUACUUUGGGUGAUAAGCGUAGGCAAUGCUUUAGGUACGUAGGAAAGCUUCUACUUUGUAUAUGUUAAAUCUGAAGUCUAAACUUACUCUGAUUAAAGAACUAAAUAGACUAUUACACGGGGCAUGUUAUUCAGUGUUAUUCCCUCCAGUACAAAGAAUUCUUAGAAUUUUGAUUUGCUCGAGAGUGAGCUGACAUGUUACUAUACUACCCUGCUCUUGUGGAAAGCAAUGUGGAUUUAGGGCAAUGAUCCUCACACUUGUUUUAACUUGUUUUCUCUUUUGAGAAUCAAACCAUGCAUCCUUUAAUAUUCUUUGAAACUUCAAAAUAUACCACCUAUCCUGGCUAAAUCAGAACUAUGAUUAUUUUGAAUGUGCUUUUUAAAUCUAUACAUACCUCCACCCUCUCCUAAUUGGUAGUCUCACUCCUGAACUCCCUUCUUCAGUUAUGAGCUUAGGGUCUAGUAAAUCUGGAAUUGACAGGCAAUAUGUAAAAGAGGGAUAAGAGUGUAAUGGUGUUCAGCUUUCUGAGAGAAACACAAAUGGUAUAUCAUGGGACAAUAAACUGCUCUUCUACAGCUUUAUUAAGGAUAUACCACUUUCAGGGGUGCCUGGGAGGCUCAGUGGGUUAAGCCUCUGCCUUCAGCCUCUGCC